AUGCCAAUUGCAACGCAAACAUCGAUUGAUUUGAGUAGACGAGUAAGUGCAACGCAAGUUGGUAGUGCACCGCGAGAAAGGUACAGCUAUGGAAGUAUUUCUUACAAGAAAUCACGCGUCCCUGAUUCAGGUGCAAGUGAUGAAGAAAGUGAAUCAGAAGGAGAGGAUGAAGAUGAGGAGGAAGAGGCGUCGACGUUAUCGAGUAAUGAGACAAUUCGAUCGAAGUUGGCAUCGCUAUCACACAAGGAUUGGAUGACACUGUUCAUGCUCGCGCUAGCCAACUUAUGCAGUACGAUUGCAUUCAGCUGCAUUGCACCCUUCUAUCCCACUGAGGCUCAACGAAAAGGUAUGGAUAAUGCCCAAACGGGCAUAGUCUUUGGAGUAUUCGAAUUGGUUAUGUUCAUCACGUCACCGAUUUUUGGAAAAUAUAUGAUCUACAUUGGCUCGAAUACAAUGUUCAUAACUGGAGUUGCUAUGACUGGUGUAACAGCAAUUCUUUUUGGGUAAUUUCUGAAUUAUCUGCCAUCAGGAUCUCUAUUCUUCUGGGCAUCGCUAGGUAUUCGAAUUGCUGAAUCGAUUGCAGAUACAGCUUUUGUGACAUCUUCGUUUGCAAUUGGUGCGAAGUGCUUCCCGGGUAAAAUUGCAACGAUUAUUGGUGUUAUGGAGACAUUUGCGGGUCUCGGCUACACUGCUGGUCCUCCAAUCGGAGGCCUUCUGUAUGAAAUUGGUGGUUUCCAACUGCCCUUUAUCGUUUUGGGGGCUAUCCUUAUUACGGUUUCUAUAUUAUCAUAUUUCUUGAUCGAAAAAUUCGAAGAUGAGCCAAUUGACGACGAAAAGGGAAUGUUAGGCAUGCUUCGCAUUCCAGCCAUAUGGAUUGUGGUGUAUGCAGUUGUCAUUUGUGCGAUGUCAUUAUCAUUUCUCGACCCAACCUUAGCCAAUCACCUCGAAUCGUUCAAUUUGACACCAACAUUUGUUGGAUUGAUGUUCCUUUUAUGCGGUGGUAUAUACACAAUCACAGCGCCUUUGUGGGGUUUACUAAUUGAUCAGUAUGAUUGUAAGAAAACGAUAAUGUUAUUUGGAUCGGUGGCAACUGUUUUUGCGAUGAUGGUCAUCGGACCGUCACCACUACUCAAUUUGGAUAAAAGUUUAAUAUGGAUCGGGAUAGCACUUGGACUCCUUGGCAUCGCCGAAGGUGCUAUGUACAUUCCUACAUUCCAGAGCUGUUUGGAUGCUGUGCGAGAAGCUGGUUACGAGGAUUCUUUUCAAACAUAUGGCUGUGUUUCGGGCGUAUUUCAAUCUGCCUUUGCAUUUGGUUCGUUUUUUGGACCAACAAUAGGUGGUUUUAGUGUAGAAUGGAUUGGUUUCGAAUGGACAACCACCAUAAUCGCAAUCGUUCACGUCGUUUUCGUAAGUUGA